AUGACACAGUCUGUGAAGAAUGUCAUGGAAAGUCUGAAAUCCAUAGUGAACACAGAGUUGCCGAGGUACAUCGGAACAGAUGUCUCAAUGAGUGAGCUUAAGUACCACUUGCACUGCUUCACAGAUGCCUCCAAAGACGCAUAUGCUGCCAUUGUCUACCUUAAAGUGAUUGAAGAUAGACAAGGAAAAUCAGUCUCCCUUUUGAUGGCAAAAUCACACUUAUCACAGACCAAAGACAAGGAUGAAUUGAAAAUUCCUAAAUUAGAACUUCUAGGAUUUUUGAUUGGAAGCGGACUCCUGAAAUACGUAAGGAACCAUCUUGAUCUUGGCAUUGAGAAAGAAUAUUUGUGGUCAGAUAGUUUGGUUGUGCUUAGUUGGAUGAGGUCAAACAAACUGCUCCCACCCUUUGUUGCCAACAGGGUAAACGAAAUCAAGCGUGACCAUCUCAACACAGAGAUGUUCUAUGUCCACACAAAGGCAAAUCCUGCUGAUGUUGCCACACGUCCAGAACUGUUUGAAGAGAAAAGGCAACUUUGGUUUAACGGACCGGAGUUUCUUGCCAAGGAAGAAUCAUGCUGGCCCCAAAAUAGACUCUAUGAGGCACAUCAGAACCUUCUUUCUGUUGGGGAGGUCCUGGGUGACGACCCAGGUGAGCCGACACAGGAAGUACCCAUUGGUGAUGACGCUGACCAGAGUGAGGCCCUGGAGCAAGGAAGUCCCAGUGAUCCCGUUGAACCAAUGGAAACCCAGGAUUUGAGUAUACCUACAGAGAGUGGUGAAUAUCCUACUGAUGGAUGCAUGGAACUUGACAAUCCUGACUAUCACAAAGAAGGUGACAUCCAGCAGCAGACGAUUGUUUCCAAAAUAGUGUCCGAGAUAAGGGAUCUGCAAAGAAAGCACUUCCAAGAAGAACUAGAUGGUAAAAGAACACAUUUAGCACGAAAUCUAGAUCUCUUUGUCGAUGUGGACGGCCUUCUUAGGUGCCGUGGGCGUAUGGCGAACACCACCUGGAGCUAUGACAUGAAGUAUCCGAUACUACUGCCAAAAAAUUCUGAGUUCACUGACAGAAUCAUAAAGGAGACGCAUGAGAGUAACUACCACGUCGGUGCUCCACAUACAUUGAGUAUCAUCAGGGAACGGUAUUGGAUACCCCAAGGGAAAGCCCAGGUGAUGAAGGUGUUAAAGCGAUGUACCCAGUGUGUCAAACACGGCGGCGGUCCGUAUCGUUUACCAGGCACACCGGCGCUGCCUCCAGAACGAGUAAAUUACAACAGACCCUUCACUUACACUGGUAUUGACUAUCUAGGACCACUAUUUGUGAGUACCCAGACUGGCAAAGAGAAGCGAUGGGUAGCCUUAUUCACGUGUUUGACAGUAAGAGCGAUACACCUUGAGAUCGUGAAGGACCUUUCGGCUGAAGAAUGUCUCCUGGCCUUGCGACGAUUUAUAGCUGCUAGAAACAAGCCACAACGGAUGUAUUCAGAUAAUGCGACUUGUUUUAAGUUAGUCGCUGAAAUGGUACAACAGCCAUACUGCGUUAAGAAUGACAUCCAGUGGAAAUUUAUAUGUCAACUAGCACCGUGGCAUGGAGGGUUUUACGAGCGGCUUGUGGCCUUGGUGAAGCAUUGCCUUAAAAGAACUCUAGAAAAACACCUUCUCAAUGAUACCAGGUUACUGACGGUGAUGAAGGAAGUGGAAACGGUACUGAAUUCAAGACCGCUGACACGAGUCGGAACAGAAGUGGAACAUGUUCUCUGCCCGGCUGAUUUCUUAAGCCUAGGACAAUGUUUGACUAUGAGACCAUCUGCCGCAGAUAUUCCUACUUGUAACACUGCUACAAAGAGCGACCUGUUUGAGAGCUGGAAGAGAGGAUGCAAUAUCCUAGAGGAAUUUAAGAGAAUGUUCGUCAAGCAGUACCUUGCUAGUCUGAGAGAGAGGUACAACAACUCGCCCAAGCAACCUAGAGUUAAAUCUCAUCGAUCACCACAAGUAGGCGACCUUGUACAGGUUAAAUCGGAUCUCAAGAACAGAAACCUCUGGAAAGUGGGGAAGAUCCACGAGCUGAUCAGAGGAAGUGAUGGUGAAUGUAGAGUAGCGAGGGUCAAGGUUGACGAUUCUACUUUAACGCGUUCCAUUGGCCAUCUCUACCCGCUGGAGGUAGAUGACGAGACGCCUGAGGUAGAACCUGUAGAGGGAGGCUUGCCUGAGAUUGAAGAGGACAGCGGGGAGUUGGAAGUUCCAACCAGCGUGGAUGCUCACGUACCUGUGCUCGAUGAACAACCGGAGAUCGACGCGGAUCAUCUGGCUGGACGUGAUAUGACCAGUCACAAUGAAGUCCCACCACCAGAGGAGCAGCCAGAGGAAAGAGGCAAUGGGAGAAGCAAGCGGAUCGCAGCCAUUCGUGCCAGGGAUAAAAUCCUGGAGUGGACGCGACACCUGCUCGCCUUGCUGCAGUAA